AACAAGAAGACUCAUCUCCCGGUAGCCUACAAAGCUAUCGAAGUUAGCUUAGCAUGCUAGCUGGAAACAGACCGACGAGGACGGAAGUUGUCAACACAGCGCUAGUCAGAGUUUAACGGAGAGUAAACGGUGUUUUUAACGGAGUUUGUCUGGAGGAAACGUUUCUGUCGCUGGUGGAUUGUUUCCUGGUGUCCUACGGAGCUAAUGAAGUUAGCAUGCUAGCAGGAAGUAGACGGACCCGAACUUAACCUAGUAACCCAGCGCAGGUCAGAGUGAGCAAACCCUUUGUCUGGAGGAAACGUUUCUGUGGUUUAGUGAAAAUGUCUAAAGUCCAAAUGCUGAGAUGUUUAGUCAACCAUAGACUAACUGCAGCUGCCGAAGAGAUAUUUGGUCUGUUUGAAAGAACGAUAGCAGAGUACGAGGAGGAACGUUCUCGUUCAAAAGAGGAGAACGAGCAACAACAGAAACUACUGGACGCUGUUUUAAACCCCGAAGUCCGGAUACAAAGAGCACACGUCCAGCAGCUGUUGGUGGUUAAAGAAGAGGUUCCCCCUGAGCAGCAGGAGUGGAGCUCCAGUCUGGAACAGGAGGACCCAGAGCCCCCACAUAUUAAAGAGGAACAGGAGGAUCUCUGGACCAGUCAGGAGGGAGAGCAGCUUCAAGGGCUGGAGGAGGCUGAUGUCAAGUUCUCAUUCACUCCUGUGAAGAGUGAAGAUGAUGAAGAGGAGGCUCAGUCCUCCAAGCUUCAUCAAAGACAAACUGAACAGAUGGAAACAGAAGCUGAUGGAGAGGACUGUGGAGGACCAGAACCAGACAGGAACUUAGAUCCAGCUAGACAUCCAGAACCAGAUACUGAUGACAAGACUGUAGACGCUUCUGACACGGAUGACUGGAAGGAGACCAGAGAACCUCAGUCAGGUUUAAACUCUUUGAAACCUGAUGAAGCCCUUGUCAGUGGUUCAAGAUGUAGUGCUGGGGAGAAACUUUUUAGAUGCUCUGAGUGUGAGAAAACAUUUUGCACCAGAGGAGGUCUGAAGACACACAUGAGAAUCCACACAGGAGAGAAACCUUACAGCUGCUCAGUUUGCAAGAAAUCUUUUACACAGAGUGGAGAUUUAAAGACACACAUGAGAAUCCACACAGGAGAGAAACCUUACAGCUGCUCAGUUUGUGAUCAAGGUUUCAGUGGAAGUGGAGAUCUGAAGAGACACAUGAGAAUCCACACAGGAGAGAAACCUUACAGCUGCUCAGUUUGCAAGAAAUCUUUUAGACAGAAACAUAUUUUACAGACACACAUGAAAAUCCACACAGGAGAGAAACCUUUCAGCUGCUCAGUUUGUGAUGACAGAUUUAAGAGCAACAGAGGUCUAAAUGUACACAUGAAAACUCACACAGGAAAGAAUCCCUUUUACCCCUUUUACCCAAUCACCCUUCCGCAUAUCCCUUCGAGCGGUGGGCCCAUAGGGCGGCGGCUCAAUAUAGAUUUUUCGGGUUGUUCCUGGUAGGGCUGGGCGGUAUGACCAAAAAUGCAUAUCACGGUAUUUUGUAAGAUUCUG